AUGCUGUAUGAACUUGUAAGUAUUGUGCGUGUGGUUAACCCUACAAGCGCUAAUAAGGAGGCUAAGGAACUCGCUACAACAAUUGGUAAAUUAGUCAUUCAAAAUAGAGGUGUUGUCAGAAGAAUCUUACCAAUGGGUAAUAAACUACUACCGAGAAUAUUAAAAAAAGAUCAAGAGCAACAUUUUCAAGGAUUUCACUUCUUAAUGCUCUUUGAUUCAUCAGCUGCAGUUCAAAGUGAGAUUUUAAGGACUUUGAAGAACGAUCCUCGUGUCAUUAGAUCAUCUAUUGUUAAGGUAAAGACUAAUAAACAGCUAGAUAUUGCUUCAUCGGUGGAAAAAUCUUCAGGUUAUAAUUCAAUUUUGGAAAAAGUAAGUAAAGAUUUCAUUUAG